AUGAAUGAAUGGAGCUACAAUGUGGAUAAAGUCCAUACCCAAAGCAAAAUGAACAUUUCCAGCGAAGUAAACAAGAAUGUGGUAAAUAUUUCCAGGGCGUGCGAGAGGGAAGAGGACAGCAACAUGCUUCUGGAGCAAAGGUACCCAGACCUUUUCAAAGCAGUUGGGGAGCGAGGGGGGAUUCCUGUUCUUGUGCCUCUUCAUUCUGUUUGGUUUAGCAUGGAGGCUAUCCACCCGAUAGAAAGACGGGUUUUCAGCGCCUUUCUCUCGGGGCAUGAGGGCGUUCAAAAGUACGUUUCUGCCCGAAAUACGAUAUUCAAGAUGUACCAGGAGAAUACAUCGACGCACGUGAGCAUAACUCUGUGCAGGAGGCGCAUACCCGAAGAUAUUUCUACGCUCAUAAAAAUAUACACAUUUUUAGAGCACUGGGGACUCAUAAACUACAAAAUAGGCGUGCGGAGAGACAUGGGGAAACUCAUCGAGAAAAUCCAGCAAAAAGACCUUUUUGACAUAACGAGGGGGAGUGCAGUCGUUGAAACUGUGCCGUCCCAGGGCGUGCCCCCCGAAAAUGCAGCGGCUUCAGAAGGCGUUUUGGAGGGCCUUGGGGCGGGGGAGGCCCGGGAAAAGAGCGAAGAAAAGCCGGAUCCUGGCGCCUGCAUAGACGUUAGCGAGAUGUGCGAGGGGAAGCGGUACGUUACCGUUGGGGAGUCGAGCAUUCCGGCUCCCGGGGGAAGUGCGAGCAUGCAGAAGCCCAGCAUAGACAUGCUGCGAGAUCCGUCGAAGCACUUUAGCCUGCAGUCUACAGGGUUCGCGCAGAACAGCAUCCCUGCAGAGGCUGCGUGCACGUCCUGCGGACGGGUCAUGCAGGUUCUUUCGAUGGAGGAGAAAGUGUACUUUUCGGAGAGAGGCCGGAUUAUGCUGUGCAGCGGGUGCUUCAACGGGGGAGAGUACCCCGCAAGCUGCACGUACGCGAACUUUCACGUGCUGGAGGCUGGGAUGGUGCGGCAGAUCUGGAGCGAGAAGGAGGAGAUGCUUUUGCUGGAGGGCAUUGAGAUGUAUAAGGACGAUUGGAAGGCCGUUGCAGAUUAUGUAAAGACUAAAACCCUGGAACAGUGCGUUCUCCAGUUUCUGAAAAUGGGGAUACAGGACCCUUUCCUGGAGAUGGAGGCGAUAUCCUUCUCGGAGAACAAAAUGCCGUUCAACUACACGCUCAACCCCGUGAUGUCGACCGUUGCAUUUUUGGCGAGUGUGAUCCACCCGGGCGUAGCCUCAGCAGCAGCAAAGGCGGCAGUGGCGGAGAUACAGAGGAAUGCCGCGGAGAAUGAGGGAAAAGACGACUGGCUGAACGGCCGCCUGAACGAGAUAGCGGCUGUGGCACUGUCUGCGUGCAUGGGCCGCGCGCAGAGCCAGAAGGUCCUUGAGGAGGGGAAGAAGGAGCGCCUCCUGGAGCUUCUCGUGGAGAGCGAGAUGAAGCGGAUCGACUUGAAGGUCACGGAGUUCACCGACCUCGCAAGAACUCUGAAAAAGGAGCGGGAGGACCUCGAGAAAAUGCGGGAGACGUACAGGAAGGCCCACCUCGAGGCCCGGAAGGAAAUUGCCGAAGUUGUUUCAAAGCUCAGGAAAAUAUGCAGUGAAACCGGAAGAAGCUUUGAAGAGGUUUUUUUCAAUGAAUAA